CUGUAUAUAACAAAGCCCGACUCCUUCCCCUGUUUCCGAAAAAGCUCUCCUCCCAUCGUCGGCGUUUUCUAGGGCUAGGGUUUCGUUGGCGCGAUGAGUUCCACGGCUUCGACGAAGGGCGGAAGGGGGAAGCCGAAGUCCUCCAAGUCUGUCUCCCGGUCUCAGAAGGCCGGUCUCCAGUUUCCUGUUGGCCGUAUCGCCCGCUUCCUCAAGGCCGGCAAGUACGCCGAGCGCGUCGGCGCUGGCGCCCCCGUGUACCUCUCUGCCGUCCUCGUGUACCUCGCUGCUGAAGUUCUGGAGCUGGCUGGGAACGCGGCAAGGGACAACAAGAAGAACAGGAUCGUGCCGAGGCAUAUACAGCUCGCGGUGAGGAAUGAUGAGGAGUUGAGCAAGCUCUUGGGGGCUGUCACGAUUGCAAAUGGUGGCGUUCUUCCCAAUAUCCAUCAGACUCUGUUGCCUAAGAAGCAGGGUAAAGGAAAGGGAGAGGUCGGCUCCGCCUCGCAGGAGUUUUAGAUCCUUCUUUUGUUGUUAUCAAGGUAUCUUGUUAUAAAUGCUUGAAGUAGGGCGAUUGUUAGUAUAUCUUAGGGUGCUUGUUAGGAAAGUGGUGGUGUUUUGAUGUAAUGAGGGCGGAUCGUGUCAAUAAAUCUGGAUUUUGAAUACAAUCAGGAUACUCGUCUUUUUUUUCAAGUAAAUUCUUGGGGCUUGACUCAAGCUUUUUUUUU